AAUGAGCAGCAGGAGAGCGCUCGAGCUCGGGAUUCAAACGCUCGCAAUGGCUGGAGCUCGGGUUUUGUGUUUGCUGUCGUCUCCAGCCGCUGUGGCUGGAACUGGCCAGUGGGUUCAUCACUGAUUAUUACCGGAUCUUAACUGGAAGGUUAUGGAAAGCCGUAUUAUAUCACCCGGCCCGUAUAGGGCUACGAAGCUGUGGAAUGAAUUGAUCAAGCUGUUUAGGGCAGGAAUGCCUUUGAAGAAACAUACUGUGCGCUUGAGAAAAUACAAUAACUGUUUUACUGCUUCGGAGGCAGUUGAUUGGCUGCAUGAGCUGCUGAGAAAUAACAGUAACUUUGGGCCAGAUGUGACCAGACAACAGACUCUGCAACUGUUAAGAAAGUUUUUGAAGAAUCGUGUGAUUGAGGAUAUAAAAGGAAGAUGGGGAGCAGAGAAUGUGGAUGAUAACAGUCAGUUAUAUAGAUUCCCUACUACAUCCCCACUGAAAGUUGUUCCUAGCCAUCCUCCAUUUUACCAAAAAAAUACAACUGGAAUGAGCAACAAGAAGAAAAGUCAAUUUUGUCCAUUGCCCAAGGAGGUUAAAAUUCCUCAGGUGAAUACUGAAGAAUUGGAUAAGGAGGUUCCAGUGGUCACUUCUGAUGAACACUUGACGCAUGUCAGACCAGUUACUCAAAGUGACAUUGAAGAAGCUUGGAGAGAAAUUGUACUUAAUCACCUGCAGAAAAUCUUAGGAUUAGCUUCAUUGGAUGAUGUGCUGGAUUUCUCGCAAGUUGUUCCUCAGAACAUUGUAUACAAUGUAUGUAACAUCAGUAAACAUGGGGUUGUUAUAUUACAAGACAAAUCAGAAGAUCUACCUCAUUGGGUGCUGUCUGCUAUGAAGUGUCUAGCAAACUGGCCCCGGCACAAUGACCUGAAUCAGCCAACUUACCCUGGUUUUGAGCGAGAUGUAUUUAAAACAGUUGCAGAUUACUUUAUAAGUCUUCCUGAGCCACUGCUUACAUUUGAACAUUAUGAACUCUUUGUGAAUAUACUAGUUUUGUGUGGUUACAUCAUGAUUUCAAACAGACAGCAAGGGAAGCGCAAGAAUUUGGAUGAACAUGGUUGUCUACAGCCAACAAAAUCACAGCACCUGAAUAGUCAUAAAAACUCUUUCAAAUCGACUGAAUGCCUGUUAUUAAGCUUAAUUCGCAAAGACAUUUCAGAGGAACCAACACAGCAACAGGAGGAAUUCGAUAUACCUGAGCAGAAACUAUUUCGAAAUGAGCAUAAUCUUCAAAAAGGAUGUGCUAGACGUCUAAACCAACAUGUGAAAAGCAAUAAGAAAGCUGAUAUUAAAGAGCAAUUAAUAGGAGGCAGCUAUCAAAACCUAUCUCACUUAAAAAAUGAUCACAGACAGCGCUGCCCAAUCAUGUCAAGGCACUACUCAGUAGGACACAUUGCAAGUGGAGAUAAACUACGCAAGCCACUGAGCCACGUUAACCUGAAUGUGGCAAGGCAUCAAAAUGGUACUGAACAGUACCAUAAUCAGAGCAUUCAGUCUCUCAUUAAUGGUAGACCUAAAGCAGAAUCAAUGUCAAAUCUUUAUCUGGAAAGUGGCAAACAGCAAGUUUCUAAUUCUACCUCUAUGUGUAGCUCAGCGUGGACCUUGGCUGAAUCCAAUAAAGAACCUUGGACUAAUUAUACAAAUCAAGAAUUGCUCAAUGGCGAUACAACCAAUGCAAUCGACCAAAAAUCAGUUCAAGGUCAGGAUCAACAUAAUCAAGAUCCACAGUUUGGAAGAUUGCGCUAUUUUUCGAAAGUUAAUUGCCAUGAAUUUUAUUCAGCAAAUAACUGUAAAAUAUCCAAAGAUGUGGGCAGCUGUUUUAAUAUAAAUGCUCCAGUUGCUGAAGUUACGAUGAAACCCUAUUGUUCACCUCAGCUAGGAUUAAGAAGACCCAGUUUGGCUAACACAGAGGGAACUGGAUAUCCAACUUCAGAUGGAGCCAUGUUCCAGUGUUAUAAAUAUACUGUGGAUGGAUCUGAGAACUGCUCUUCAAAUGGUGGCCACUCAACCUUUGUACAAUGUUUAAAUGACACACAAAGUUUACUGCAACCCCAUCUGGAGCAGGUUGCAAUAGAAGCACUCCAGAUAUGUUGCCUCCUUUUGCCUCCACCCAGUCGUAGAAAACUGCAACUACUUAUGCGCAUGAUAUCUCGUAUUAGCCAGAAUGUUGAUAUGCCACAGCUUCAUGAUGCAAUGGGAACAAGGAUGUUGGUCAUUCACACCUUUUCACAUUGUAUAUUACGUUGCAAGAAAGAACUUGAUCUUGAUGAAUUACUAGGUAUGCGACUUGUUUCUUUUCUACUGGACCACCAUCAAGAGAUUCUGCAAGUACCAUCUUAUCUGCAGAAUGCGGUGGAAGAUCACAUCAAUCAUCUCCAAAAAGUUCAGAUUCGGUAUCCAUGCACAGACUUAAAUGCUCCAGUCCCAAUGUAUACGUUCUGCCAACAGAUAAGUAGUAAGGAAUUUGAAGAGCAAAAGCUUACAAUAUCUCAGAUUGCCAUAGCUGAGUUGUUGGAAAAUAUUGUGGAAGACAAGAAAUUAUCGGUUAAAGACAAGAGGAAGAAACUUAAACAAUUCCAAAAAGAAUAUCCAGAAAUCUAUCAAAACCGCUUCCCCACAUCUGAAUGCGAGGUCAAGCUCUUCCAGGAUAAACCCAAGAUCAAGCCGCCAUUACUGAUUACAAUGAAGAAACCACUUAAACACCUACAGAAAAAGCAGAGCCUCAGGAGUUGAACAAAACAAGUUCAGAAUUUUAAUAUUAUUUAAGACUAUUUGCACAAUUCAAUUCUGUGAUCCAACCAUAUGAAGUAAAGAUUUCUUGAAUAGUUUCUGAAGAUAGAAAAAUUGGAUCCAACAAUGGAAAUCUGAAAUGCACAAGAUUUUCAGGCAAUAUUUUGAUAAGCAAUUUUUUGUGAUAAUCUCAAUUCCCUUAUAGUUUGAGAUGCUAGGCACUUACCUAUUAUCAGAUUUCAAGCAUUUUGAGACUGCCCUCCUGCAAAAUUAAUUUUUGUUUUGCAAUGUUUCCACAUUUCUUUUGAAAUAACUAAUAUAUAAUGUCACACCAAUAGAUUAACAUAUUACAUAACUUUUGCCUUGUGGACAAUAAUGAGUCUGUUUUAAGUCUUGAUGAAACUGCAUGACAGAAAUGGGAUUGAUGUAUUGUUGAUGUAUAAUGCACGAUUUUCAGUGCUACUGUUUUAAAUUUGAAAUUAGAACUACUUCCAAAAUUAUAAAAUUGUUACAGAAUUACCAUCAGGGAAACGUUUGACUCAUUAAAUAAGUUAAAUAUUGUAAUUCAUAUCUAUAAGUGGCUCCCAAUGUUAACACUUAUGAAUUUUUAAAAACAAAUUAUUUAAUCAACAUGCUGGUAGAUUUAGAAGCAUUUGCAAUACUGCCUCUUGUUUGAUUUCCUUUGUAUGUUUUUGUAGAGUUGGACAGAUAGUUCUAGCUUAAUAAUGCUUAAUCAGAUUUCUCUAAUUAGAAAUGUACAAUGAAUCAUUUCCAGUGGUAAUGCCUUAACCUAGAAUUAUUGGUGUAUUGUUUCAAAACCUUAGCUGCAAACUUUGUAAUACAACACUUCCUAAAUUGAGUUUAAAAAGGUAGGAACAACAGAAGGGAGUGAUGGAAAUAUAUACAGUGGAGGCAUGUGUGUGCAGACAAGUGCCUGACUAGCCCAACCCCCUAAUUUCCCUGGCAAAAUAGGGCAAUUUUCAAGUUGCUUCAUUUAUUUAGGUCCUCCUAGGUCAAGACUGUAGCAUGUUGCAAUUAAUUAUGCCACUGAAUUUCAGAAGGAAGGUGAUGAUUGUUCACCCAAUCUUGCCUGACAGCUACACAUGGCUUGCAACAGAUAGACGACACACCAUCUUCUGUCUGAAGUGAGUUUGAAAGGAGUAGAAUGAUUUUAUAGAUACUGUUAUGGAGCUCACAACAAGAUACUAACACCUCAUUGAAGACAACUGGCCUUUAGAUUGAUGAGUAUAAUAAGGAAUAACUUUUGAACUUCACUUAUUUUGAAACCAAACCCACAUUUUUACUACUACUAUACACAACUGCUUGAAGGAAAUAAAUUCGCAAGGCCAUGAAGAUUAGACAGGCAGAAUAGGACUGAUUGGGUUGUUUUACAGAGAGUAACAGGUCCAAUGGAUUGGAUUCCCUUGUUCUGUGCUGUGCAGAAAAUGUUAACUAAUUGGUAGUUUUAAUGAGUUAUCCAGGCAGACAGUGACCAUGGCCAUGCAAAUUGCUUUCACUGGGUACUGUCAAUUAUCUUGUAUCCCAUCUUGCUGAUUUAGUUGUAUACUUAAGCUACACAUCCAUGCACACAGAUUCAUUUGAGGUGUGUGUUUAUAUAUUUUUCAUGUUAAUUUUUCUAUAAUGACCUAAACUUCUAAUCCCUGAAGUUAUAUCUACUUCAUCUAUGAACCUGAAUCUAGUCCUGCUUUGUUAUGUGUGGUUAUAUUUAAUUUCUCUAUGUCAAUCUCAAUUUAGUUUAAUUGGCUGAUCUCAGAUCAAGCCAUUUUAAAGAAAGGCUUUGUGUUGAUCACCAGUUUGGCCACAUUUUCUUUUUUUUUUCCAGCUUGUAUAUAUUUUUCUGGAAUAAAAAUUGCUGCCAGAGGGCAAAAUCAAGUACACCACACUGCAUUCUGCUUCACCUAAACUUUCAACAGUACUACAGUUUUUAAUUCUUAGGACUAAAUUUUGUGCUAGAUCUCCUUUCUCUUCUCUCAGGUGCAUUUAGAUUAGCCAUUUAAACCAGUGGCCUUGGCACAUUGUCCAUGCUGUGAUGAUUCACUGAAGCACUAGUAAAACGUGUCAUUAUAAAAUCUUACAGCACACAAGGGCCAUUCAGUUCAUCAUGUCUGUGCCAUCUGUGUAUGUUUUUUAAAAAAAAAUAAACUUUUUCUCCCACUCGCCUUAAAUCUAUGCCUUCUAUUAUUUGGCAUUUCCAUCCUGGGAGAAAGAUUCUGACAAUCUACCCUAUCUAUGACUCUCAUAAUUUUAUAUAUUUCUAUUAGAAGAAAUUAGAGAAAACAAUCCAAGUUUGUCCAACCACUCCUUGUAUCUAAUACUCUCUAAUCCAGGCAACAUCCUGGUGAAUUUCUUUUGCAUCCACUCCGGUCUCCACAUCCUUCUAGAACUCCACACAAAUCCCUUUCUCCUAAAAAGGAGCUACAUUCAAAGAGUUGGCCAGAUCUUCAAGAGAAGAACAACAGAUGACACAAUAAUCUUCAUUCUUUGAAAAUAUUCUCUUUCCCUACCCUGCAGGAUAUUUUGGGCUGCAGGCAUAUAUGUGUACCCAUGCUUUAUAUACAUGCAUAUUUUUUUUACUGUUAAUUCUCAUCCAUCAGGAAAUUGUUUUGAAGAAUGACAUUAUGGUUGAUCAUAUUCCUUGAAUAUUUUGUACCUUGAGGUGGGGAAGAUUCUCUUUAAUAUUUUUGGCUCUCUGACUUGCUAAUAGUUUAAGGGUACUCUUAUGAGAGUUGGAUGAAUUAACUGUGGGUUGGGACCAAAGUGCAUCUCCACAGUUGUCCUUCAACUACCUAAUUUAUGGCAUAUGAAGUUGAGAAUAAAGAUGACUGUACUUGACUGAAGAGUAAACUUGGUUUAUAAUACAAGCAACCACCCUGCAUUCCAGGAUGGGUGGAUGGGGAGUUGAGUUCCAAGAGAACAGUCAGUAAUAUGUUCUGCAACACAAAACCACGUCAUCUGCAUGUGAAUCAGGAAACACAAGUGGAGAGAAAAUGUUUUGUUUAUUUAUUUACAUUUUUUCACAAGUUCCAUGAAAGUGAAUCUUAUUUUUUGUCCUUAAAAUAUUAGAAAUUAACACUGUUACAUGUAAACAUUUUAUACAUUCAUUUAUUCAUUCACUAAAUUAGAAUCUUAAAAAAAAGUAUUUGCACAAAUACUGUAUCUUUAAAGUAUCAUGUUUGUAGGGGAUCUUAAAUACAUUUCCUAUUAUUUGUGUAUUAAUAAUGUUUUUAAUCUAUUUGCAAUAAAUGCAGUUCAGCAUUCUUUUGUAAUAGACCUGUAGAUUUAAUUAGAACUAUCCAUGUCUGUUUUGCAGCAUUAAGUGCAAAGAUGGUGGAAUUUUCUAAUUUCAAGUUGAUGUUCAUAAAUGCCAGUGUUGUAAAAAUAAUGCUAAAUUUAUUAUUGUAUGAUUUGGUCUCAAUUGCUUUUUAAAUCAUGGUAGUGCAUUAGUAUUUUUCAGGGAACCUGCAUAAUUUUAUACUUUAUCUCAUCUUGUUACAAGAGUAGCAUACUUUCCUUGUACUGUUUGUUAAAGUGCCAAAUAGAUUGCAGAGCAAUUUAAUAAUUUUUGUUCAACUGUCAUCUCUAAUUAAAAGUAGUUAUCA